AUGCCGGACCUCCCCUGCGACGGCGAUGGCGUCUGCAUGGUCUGCCGCGCCGCCUCCCCGCCGGAGGUCGACCUCCUCCUCUGCUCCACCUGCGCCACGCCCUGGCACUCCCCGUGCCUCUCCAAGCCCCCCGCCCUCGCCGACGCCGCCAGCUGGAGCUGCCCCGACUGCUCCCCCGACCCCGCCGCCGCCGCCGACCCCGCUCCCUCGGGCCCCGCCAACACCCUCGUCGCCAAAAUCCGCGCCAUCGAGGCCGACCACACCCUCUCCGACCAGGAGAAGGCGCGCCGCCGCCAGGCCCUCCUCGCCGGAGACGCCCCCGACGACGACGACGACGAAGCGGCCGACGAUGCCCUCGAGAUCUUCGGCAAGAACUUCAGCUGCGUCUUCUGCAUGAAGCUCCCCGAACGACCCGUCACGACACCCUGUGGCCAUAACUUCUGCUUGAAAUGCUUCCAGAAGUGGAUUCAGAAUGGGAAGAGGACCUGCGGGAAAUGUCGGGGACAGAUCCCGGCCAAAAUGGCUGAGCAGCCAAGAAUCAACUCUGCGCUAGUUGAAGUUAUCAGGAUGGCUAAGAUUUCAAAGAAUCCUAACUCUGCUGGCUCGGCAGUUCCGUAUCACUACAUACGAAAUGAUGAUAGGCCUGAUAAGGCAUUUACAACCGACAGGGCUAAGAAGUCUGGAAAAGCAAACGCAUCAAGUGGCCAGAUCUUUGUGACCAUUGCACCUGAUCAUUUUGGCCCCAUUCUUGCAGAAAAUGACCCCCGCAGGAAUAUUGGUGUUCGAGUUGGGGAAACAUGGGAGGACCGACUUGAGUGCAGACAAUGGGGUGCUCACUUUCCUCAUGUGGCUGGUAUUGCUGGCCAGUCUACGUAUGGUGCUCAGUCAGUAGCUCUUUCAGGAGGGUAUGAAGAUGACGAAGAUCAUGGAGAGUGGUUUCUUUACACUGGAAGUGGUGGGAGGGAUCUAAGUGGUAACAAGCGUACAAACAAGGAGCAGUCAUCUGAUCAGAAAUUUGAGAAGCUGAAUGCUGCUUUACGCAUUAGUUGCUUGAAGGGCUACCCUGUCAGGGUUGUGCGGUCGCACAAAGAGAAGCGAUCCUCAUAUGCUCCUGAAAAUGGUGUGAGGUAUGACGGGGUUUAUAGAAUUGAGAAGUGCUGGAGGAAGAUUGGUAUUCAGGGUAAGUUCAAGGUCUGCAGGUAUCUCUUUGUACGCUGUGACAAUGAACCAGCUCCUUGGACCAGUGAUGAUCACGGUGAUCGUCCAAGACCCUUGCCAAAGAUAAAGGAGCUGCAAGGUGCAACUGAUAUAACAGAGAGGAAAGGGCAUCCUUCAUGGGAUUAUGAUGAGAAAGAUGGCUGGAAAUGGAUGGUGCCUCCGCCAGUCAGCAAGAAGCCUGUUCUCUCUGGGGAUCCUGAGACCGACAAGCAAAUCCGGAGAGCAACAAAGCGGGUUCAUUUGUCUGUUGCUGAAAGGCUGCUUAAAGAGUUUGGUUGUUCUAUCUGCCGGGCGGUGAUUAAAGAACCACUUACGACUCCAUGUGCUCACAACUUUUGCAAGACUUGUUUGCUUGGGAAAUAUGAUAGCCAGUCCUCUGUGAGGGAAAGAAGCCGUGGUGGUCGGACUCUAAGGGCACAGAAGAUUGUGAAGACGUGCCCUUCCUGCCCAACUGACAUCUGUGACUUCUUAGAGAAUCCCCAGAUCAACCGGGAAAUGAUGGAGCUGAUUGAGACUUUGCAACGCAAGGCUGUUGAAGAAGGCAAGGUGGCUUCGGAUGAUGCUGAGGAAUGUGGUGAUGGUGACUCGGAGGAAAAUGAUGGUGCUUUGGUGAAGGGAGAGGAUGAUAGCGGCUUGAAUGAGGAAGAUCAAGACAGUGCAGACGCUGAUGCUAAUGCUGAUGGUUCUGUGAAGAUUGUGGUUGAAAUCAAGGAGGGAGGAAAAGAUGAUAAAAAGUCAAAGAUGGGCACGACUGAAGUGGUGGAUGUGUUAGUUGAUGAAGAUGCUGCGGAACAGACGAAGAAGUGCAAGGUUGAUGAAGAUGCUGCGAAACAGACGAAGAAGCGCAAGAGGAUGAAGAGCAGUGCUACGGUGGAAGAGGUUGCUGUGUGUGGCACUCCUGUGAAACGGACCAGGAAGAGUGGUGAUAUGGAUGCUGAAGGCGAUGGCAGUCCUGCUGUGAGCAGCGGCCGCAGGGUGACCCGGAGCAGCAGUGUGAAUGCCACUGGAGCUGAUGAUAGUCCGGCGAGGAGGACCAGAAGCCGUGCCGGAGCUGAUGCUGGUUGCUGA